AUGCCUCCUCCUCCACCCCCUCCGCCGCCGCCGCCUGGAGGACUUGGUGGCCCUCCCCACCACCUCCUGCAGCUUUACCGACCAGGCCUUCGAAAGGUGAAGGCGCUCUACUACUCUGAUAUUCACAAAGGCACUCGAUUGAAGAAAGCCACCACCAAUGACCGAUCAGCGCCUAUUAUUCGAAAUUCUGGAGGCGGCUCAGCUGCGCCGCCCAUGGGAGCUGCACCUCCAGUUCCAGGCAUAAGACCCCCUCCCACAGGACUUGCACCCCGGUCCCGUCUGGACCGGCCGCCAACAGAUUACGAAGCAACAGUGAAGGACGUCUCGCCCGGCGCCUGCUGCAGUACCUCCAAAACCUCCAGGCGCCCUAGGCUGCCUGGUGCACGACCACCACCACCUCCGUCUACAGAGUCGUCACCUGCGCCACCUAUAAACCCUUUAGUCGCAAGCUUGAAGAAAGUCCCCCCUCGACCUGGUUCCAGGCCAUCCUCUACUAUCUCUUCAGCAACUGCUCCCGAGAUCCCUCCUCCACGUGCUCCUCCGCCACCUCCUGGGGUAGGCCGGGCACCACCACCUCCGGUGUCUAGAAACCAUCUGCACCCCCUCCCCCUCCUCCUACAGCUAGUCCAGCGGUGCCACCUCCUCCCCCCCAACUACAACAAGCCCGCCCCCCCCUCCCGCUACUCCGGGCGGUCAUUGCUCCUCCUCCUCCACCUGGAGCACCUCCAUCACUCGCCGCGCAGGCUGCCCGCAGUGCUCUGGGACACCCACCACCGGCACCACCAGCUGCAGCACCAGCAGCUCCCCCUCCACCUCCACCAGUUUCUCCUCCAAGCGCUCCUCCCCCGCCCCCAUGCUUAUACUCUCACUAAUGGCGGCUCAUCCCAUGCACCAGCCCAGACUCCAUCCACCAAUGGCCACAUCAACAUCGUGGAUCCUCGCUUCAAGUUCCCCGGUGAUGCGAUGCUUCCGGCUCCUCGAAGGUUCACCAAGACCCUUCCUGUCAAGUAUCGUGCCGGGAAAAAUUAG